UUUAUUGUUUUGUGUACAUUUCACUUUUCAUUUGUUCUUUAUAUAAAUUAUAAAACAGCUUAGUAAAUAGUAAAAGCCAGCACUUGAAAUGGAUUCUGAUGAGGAAUUUGAAAAUCCCCCUGUUUGGAAAGGAGUGCCAGGUACAAUUAUUCUUAUAAACAUUUUCAAGACUGCAGAGUUUAAUACUUUUACUUUGGGGCAUGAAGCGACUUGUCGCCUGCUCAAGCAAUACAUGCGAUCAGCGAGUAAUCAAAAUAUUGCCGUAUGUGUGUUUGGAAUAGAAGAAAGUAAUGCCUCCUUGCUUGACUGCAAGUCUAUUACUGAAAUUAUACCCUUGGCGCCACCGUCCUUGGAGGACUAUAAGAAAUUUAGAGACACCGAAAUAUCAAGUUUUAAGGAAGCAAAACAAUUAAUAUUUUCCGAGGUACUAAGACAAUGCAGUAAAAUGUUUACCAACUGCAAAAGACAACUUUCUUAUAAAUGUAUACACUUGUUGACUCCGCUGCACGUUCCCCCUGCCGAAACCGACAAGAGACUAACUAUCACGCAAGUGGAGGAUUUAGUAGACUCAAACAUCGAAAUAAGAUUAAUUAAUGUCUCCCCAGAGAACUAUUCUCCUGAUCCUUUCUUUGACAAGUUUUAUGCAAAAGCAAACAAAGGCUUGAUACUUGAUUUGCCAAAACCCAUUGCUAACGCUAGGGAUAUAGAAAAAAUUAUGUUCUUUGAAUCACACCGUAAUUUAGCUUUGGCCAAACUGAAUUUUGCAAUUGGAAGCGAUGUACAAAUAAGUGUUGCACUGUACAAAUUGAUAAAGUCCGGGCAGACAUAUCAAAAGAAAUCUUAUCUGCAUAGUGAGACUAAUGAAAUGCUUACAAGUUCAAUUAAAACCACAAAGGUAAACAUAAAUGCUGAAAAUAUGGACUUGGAUGAAGCAGAGUCAGAACAAAAUGCAGUGCCACUUCUAAAAUCUGAACUUCUUUAUUAUGUUGAAUAUGGUGGAGAGAAAAUUGAGUUCACACAAGCUGAAAAGAAAUCAAUGGAUAAUCCUUUUGGUCCACCUGGCCUGAAAUUGCUCGGUUUCAAACCAAAAAUGAUUGUUUGUAAAGAGAAAUGGUUUACAAAACCUGGAUACUUUCUGUUUCCAAAUGAAAAUGAUAUUGAAGGAUCGACAGUGGCAUUCAAAGCAAUGCACAAGGCUUGUGCAGAAAUGGGAGUUGUUGCUGUAUGUGUACUUUGUCCAAGAGUUAAUGCAAAGCCGAUUCAUGUUGCUCUCUCUCCGUGUACAAAACCUUUGAAUCUCGAUGUAGAAAUUGGAUUUUAUGUGAUUGUAAUACCAUUUGUAGAGAGUGUCAGAGACUUCGAUGUAAAUGAAGGCAAUGAUGACUGUUUCAACGUUGAGAAUAAAAAUAAGGAGCUCAUGAAAGAAAUCAUUACUAAAACACAAUUUGAUUAUCGGGCUGACAUGUUUGAAAAUCCCAAAUUGCAGUCAGAGUACAGAGCUGUAGAAGCAAAAGCUUUAAAUGAAGACGAGGUUGAACCUUUUGUUGAUACUACCAAACCGAUUAUUAGUAACUUUAAAGACUUAAGAGUGGAUUUAUUUGAGGAACUGUUUGGGCCCUUCGGUGCUUUGAGUGUUAAGAGGUCAGCAGCGGCUUCAUGUGAUGAUGCAAAAAGGUCUAAAAUUGAAAUCGAUCAAGAAUUGCUAACAAAUAGAAUAAACUUUAAUACUGUUAAAGAAUACACAGUGGCGGAACUCAAAAAAAUACUAAAAUCUAAAGAUAUAAAAGACUUAACUGGCCUCAGGAAAAAUGAACUGGUAGAUUUAGUUUAUAAGUUUUUUAAAACUUAAGGUCAUUUCAUAUUUUUAAUGUGUAAGAAUUUUUUGUUUUAAUAUAUAAUAUACAUUAUAAAAUAUGGUUGUGAAAGUUGCACUGGGUGAGAAGAAAACCCCUGGAUAGAUUUAACAUUGUUUUCUCUUACAUAAUGUUUAUUUUUAUAAAUAUGACAUCAUAAA